UAAAGAAGAUAAGAGUUGUAAGCUCUUAAUGUGACCUACAGCUUAUAUCGGAGCCCAAUUUACUCAAAAACAUGGCUUCCCUCUCUCUACAGAUCUAAAUCUCACUUUUCAAGCAAAGCGGCAAUGGCGAGCCCUUCCAACACAAAUACCAGCGGUAAUAAUAACAACAAUAAUAUUAAUAACAAUAAUAGCGCCAAAAACCCAACGCCGGAAACCACUUCAAACUACGCAGGAAGUCCCUCCUCCAACAAUGCUGGACUCGCUCCCAAUGACGCCAUUCCUCAACCAGAGUUUAAUCACAGUAACUCGCCUGAAGAAAUCUUCAGAAUCCCGAGCUAUUCGAAGUGGUUUUCUUGGGAUAAAAUUCACAGCACAGAGAAGAGAUUUCUGCCGGAGUUUUUUGACGGAAAAUCGGCCGCGAAAAUCCCUAGGGUUUAUAAAUAUUACAGAGAUUUUAUUAUUGAUAAAUAUAGGGCAAAUCCGCUGAGGAAAAUUACUUAUACCGAGGUGAGAAAAAAUCUGGUUGGUGACGUGAAUUCAGUGAGAAGGGUUUUUGAGUUCUUGGAGAAUUGGGGUUUGAUUAAUUUCCACGUUGUUUCUUCAAAGCAACAACAACAACAGCAUUUGAAAACAGAGGAUAAUAGUAAAUUGAUUGUUAGUAAUAAUAAUGGCGGUGAAAAUGCUAGUGGUGAGGGUAAAGGGGUUUUGCCCGCCAAGGGUCUGGUGCCGCCAGGUGACCGUAGGCCGAGUUUGACGGCGGCUGCAAGCACAGUAACUGACCGAAAGGGGAGUACGGCAGUUGACGGAAAGGAUGUUUAUCUGAAAGACAAGAAAUUGGAAUGGCCGAGGGCGGUGUUGUGUAAUUUAUGCAGAGCCGAGUGCGCCAAGCUUCGGUUUGAUUGCCUCAAGGAGAUCAAGCCCAAGAUAGAAGAUGAGGGUUUGCAUGAAGAACCAGGAAGUAAUUCUGGUAUCAAUGAUAUUAGUGCAGAAGGCACAAAGACAUCUAAGCAGGAGCCAGAAGAAGGGAUGUCACAAAAAGCGACAGAAGAGGACCCAAAAGAUGAAAAGAAUGGGGGAGAAGUUGAGCCAAAUGGGGAUAAGGACAAGAUUCUGAAGAAGCCAGACAAACUUUUACGCUGUCCUCGCUGUGAUAGUUUAGGUACCAAGUUCUGCUACUACAACAAUUACAAUGUUAAUCAACCCAGGUAUUUUUGCAGAAACUGUCAGAGAUACUGGACUGCUGGAGGAACGAUGAGGAAUGUUCCAAUAGGUGCUGGACGACGAAAGAAUAAGCAUUCAGGCUCUUUUGAUUGGUCUGGGAUGAAGUUGGACGAUGCUGCCUAUUGCCAGGCAGAUUUUGUCCUUUGCCCAAAAUGCUAUGCAAAUGGAAACUAUGGACCUGGAUUGUCUGCUGGUGAUUUCAAACGAGUUGAGAUAAAAGAAGAAGCAAAUCAAUAUAAAAGUGUUCAAUGGACAGAUCAAGAGACAUUACUUCUUCUAGAAGGUAUAAUGCAUUAUAAUGAUGACUGGAAGCAUGUUGCACAACAUGUUGGUACGAAAAGUGAGGCAGAUUGUGUCACUAGAUUCAUACAGCUUCCAUUUGGAGAAGAAUAUAUGGGCAAUUAUGGCAAGGAAUCCAGUGACCGGAGAUCAAGUAAUGCUAGUGGAGAAAGUAUCACAAUCAAACAUUUUUCAAGUCCCAAAGACAGUAGCAUGCAAGAACAUAAGGACGACACUAUUUAUGAUGACAUGCAAUCCACCGAUGAUGAUGUAUCAUGCCCCCCUCUUAAACGGAGGCAUCUCACUCCAUUUGCUGAUGCCAGCAAUCCAAUAAUGGCUCAGGUGGCCUUCUUGUCUACAAUGGCUGGCUCCCAUGUUGCAGAAGCUGCAGCAAGUGCAGCAGUUGCAACUUUAUGUGAAGAUGAUCAUUUUGUGAGCCAGAUUACAAAUUCCCAACUGUCAAAAUCUUUGAAUCAGAAAAAUGGCAUUGCAGCAAGCAUGCAAGGAGGGUUGGAGAGGGAUAUUCAAGUGGAGGAUGGCAAAAAGGAACUCCAUGAAGGGUCUGUUGAAAUUAUAGAAGACGGUGAAGCUCUUUGUGUUGGCAAAGAUUUAACUCCAACAAUGGAAGGGAAAUCUGUGACUGCAACAGCAUUGAAAUCAGCAGCUGAGCGAGCGAAGCUUUUGGUAGAUCAAGAAGAACAAGAUAUUGAACAUAUAGUCUCCACUAUUAUUGAAAAUCAGAUGAAGCAGCUUGAGGAGAAAAUUAAGCAUUUUGAUGAACGGGAGAUCAUCACAGAGAAAAGCUGCUCACAAAUGGAACAAAUAAAUGACCAUUUAUUCACCGAUCGAUUACGUUUUCUUCAGAAGACCUCAAGAUCAAGGUUUUCAGUAAGUCAAGGAAAGAAAUUGGAUGGAACGUAACAUGUCGGUUAUGUUUGAUAAAAGAUGGUACUUAUCAUCAUGGUCAUUCCUUCAUACCCAACUUCUGUUGUACACUAAUGCCUGAACUGCAACACAAGGUGCAGAAUAGGGCCAAGCUAUUGGUUGAACAUUCUUACCUGCUAGAAUGACCAAUCUUGUUAUGGUAGAGGAGAUUCCUCCUUGUAUGCUGCACGUGUUCAUUGCCAUUGCCAGUUAUACAAUAAUCAGAGGCACUGGAUAAAAUACAAUUCACACCAUUUGUAAAUUAUAACCUGCUGUCAUUCUUCAGAUAAAGAAGACUUGACAAUAUUUAUGAAAGGGGCUACACUUGUUGGCAAUUAUCAAGCAUAAGGCAUUCAUUCCAUACAGGACCACCUUCUUUGAUCACUUUAUGUGUGGAUAAUACCAUUGUGACUGGUGUUGAAUCAGUUGCAGUAUUCAAUUUGGCUGUAUGUCUUUUCUGACGCAAAUGCUUCAAACCAUUAUUUCAGGGCAUCGUUGAGAAGCACACACUCUCUCUGAGGCAAACCUUGUAUCACAUUUCUGGUAUAAUUUUAACAACCCUUGUUUUCACAUUA